AUGGCCGACAGACCCAUGCCCUCGUCCUUUGACGAGGACCAAAACUACCAGGAGACCGGCUUCAAAAAAGUGACUCGCAAGCUGCGGGAGGAACCUCUGAUCCCGCUCGGAACCCUCCUUACCUGCGCCGCCCUCUACAAUGCCUGGCGCGCCAUGCGCAAGGGCGAUCACGCCCAGGUCCAGCGCAUGUUUCGCGCGCGUAUCGGUGCCCAAGCGUUCACCGUCUGCGCCAUCGUUGCCGGCGGAGCCUACUACGGUGCCGACCGUGAGAAGCGCUCGGAGCUGAUCAAGCUCGAGGCCCAGCAGCGCGCCGAGGAACGCCACCAGAAGUGGCUGCACGAGCUCGAGGUCCGAGACGAGGAGGAGAAGCAGCUCAAGGAGCACCUGAAACGCCGGAAGGAGAGGGUCGCAGCCCGCAGGGCCGAGGAGAGAGAUAGCCAAACCGGCACGACGGCCGAGACGACGGCGGACGCGGACGGCCAGGUCCCCGUGCAAGAGAAGAAGGAGGGAUCUAGCGUCCUGGGGGCGCUGUCAAAUGCUGGCAGUUGGUUUGGCACGGGGAAGAGCAGCACUCCAAAACCGGAAGACCAGAGACAGUCAGAUGAAAAGGCGGCGGCAGCAACAGCAGCAACAGAGGCACCCAAGAAAUAA